GAGUUGAGUGGAGUCGGAUUGCGUAGCAUGUUUUUCUCUGUAUCGGUGACUGACUGAUGCAAGACACAGUCCAACUAAACUGCGGGCGUUUGUAAUCCAAGGGAAUGAAAUAACACAGACAACAUUAAUUCAUUAACUUUUUAUUGGAUCGUGCCUGGAACUAGAAAACCAUUCAGACAGAUUCAGGCAGGAUUGCGCUAUUCAGAACCAUGGACUUGCACAUUCUGGAUCACAGACUGCGAGUGACCAGCAUUUGCAAAAAUGGGUUGGUGAAUUUCACUCACCCACUGAUCAAACUCAUAUUUCUGCGGAAAAGAACAAGAUGCAAGUUCUUCAGUCUGACAGAGACCCCAGAGAACUUCACUGUCGUCCUCGAUGAAGAGGGAUUUAAAGAGCUACAGCCCUCGGAGCACCUUCAGGUGGAGGGUUCCGUGUGGCUGCCACUCAACGUCAUCUCCAACGGCAACGCUUCCAGCAGCUCACAAGCGGUGGGCGUGACCAAGAUCGCCAAAUCCGUCAUCGCCCCGUUGGCCCAGCAGCACGUGUCAGUCUUCAUGCUGUCCACCUAUCAGACGGACUUCAUCCUGGUGCGGGAGAAGGACCUGGCUGUAGUUAUCCACACUCUGGAGGAAGAGUUCAACAUCUACAGAGAGGUGGGGGGAGAGUACUCAGCUGUACUCAGCCAAGAUGUCCGCAAUGGCUUCCAGAAGAACGGCAAAGAAGCCCCCCAGCCUACAGUGCACCCGGUGCUGAUACCACCGAACCAGUUCUGUGUGAUGAGUCUAGACCCAGACACUCUGCCUGCCAUUGCCACCACACUUAUCGACGUGCUCUUCUACUCCAGCAGUCCUAAAGAGGGCGCUCUUCCCAGCCAGGAUCUGGACUGUAUCAAGUUCUUCUCCUUCUCCCUGAUCGAUGGCUAUGUCUCUCUGGUCAUGGACACUGAGGCACAGAGACAGUUCCCUGCUGAUCUUCUCUUCACAAGUUCUUCRGGGGAGCUGUGGAGGAUGGUGCGCAUUGGGGGACAGCCUCUGGGUUUCGAGGAGUGUGGCAUUGUUGCCCAGAUAUCCCAGCCUUUAGCCGACAGUGACAUCUCCGCCUAUUAUAUCAGCACCUUCAGCUUCGACCAUGCCCUGGUCCCUGAAGAGGACAUAGUGAGUGUGACUGAGAUGCUCCAGCAGCACAGGAAAGAGCCAGCCUGCUGAUGGCGGCCUGGUCCGUACCCCUCUCCGUGUCUUGGGCCUGGGGCAGUACAGGGCUGGAGGGAGAUGCUAACUCUGUGCCUAGACUAGCACUGCAGCGUGAGCAGUAUUAACCAUGAACUUUGUUGCCAUGACCACCAAAAGCGCUUCUAGUAGGGGGUGUCUGUGAAGAGAGCCUCUUGUCUUCCCAGACUCCUAAAGGACARGCACCGAUUGGAUGCUGCCUGGACCCUGACCAAUGCACACAGCGGGAUACGUGAAUUUAAAGUCCAGUUGUGAUGAUGGUAAAACUGUACUUAAGGACUGCAGGUAUAAUGCAUUAUGAUGUGGUUAUAAUGAAUGCAUUCUAAGACUUGUUAUAAGCCUAUAUAACCCCCGUAUGUCUUAUCACCCCAUAACAAGAGCUGACUAAAUAACAGCAAUUUUGAGUCCGUUGAAAAUGUCCUACAUAGAGCGAUAUAACGUUAAAGGGAAAGAGAAAGGGGGAUACCUAUCAUAGCCUAAGCCUUGUCUUAACGCAUUGUUAUAAAGGCGCAUACACUCUUAUAACGCAUUAUACCUGUAGUCUUUUUAUAAAGUGUUACCGUGAGGACUUUCUUAUGUUACUUUCCUGCUUGCCGCAUGGCACGAACAUGUUACUAGGAUUGUAAAAAAAACACGGCUGAGUCUUCCAGUGAUGUUUAUAUUGUAA